AUGCUCCACUGCCUAGACGACGACGUUCUGGUCGACUUGCCUUUCAACCAAUUUAAAAUAAAAAACUCUAAGCAACCAACGCUUGCUCCUAACCCCACUGCCUGUACACUCCUCACAUACCUAUUCCUCCAAAUUCACAGCUUAGCGGCCGCGCAUUCCGGGGCAGGUAAGGUGAAAGUCGCACUAGCAGCCAUCGUAGCCAACCACUUGGUCGUGAACCUCACGCUUUCCGUAGAAGGAGCAAUCGAAGUUGCGAGCAGAGUCAGGAACACCGAAACAGAGAGACCGGUUUUGCUUGGAUCCAACGACUAG